AAAAAGCACAUUUAGCAGAGCUUUUAAAUACAUAUCUUAUAAUACAACAUCACGACAGAGUUUGACCCUCAAAGGAGUUGACUUGGUUUCUCCUUCCCAUCCAUUAUUGAGAAUUAGGCUCAAGUAACUUCUGUGCCCUUGGGCAGAGCUUGCCCACGGGAUUCGUUAUCGUGCAGCCUCCAGGUAUGUAGUCAUAACUCCCUGUGCAACCAGAAUGUUGGAAGGUGAUCCAUCUCCCUGGUGAGUGCUUGGCCAGGGACAUAUUUUACUAUCCAAGAUUUUACUAUCAAAAAAUAGAGAAAAGACUUAAUACUUGCGUAUUGAUGGCAUUUAAUGAGAAUUAAACUUAAUAUGUCUCAAGGAAGAUGAUGGUCUCUUCUGGAUUGCUGCCGGCAUAGGGUGUAAGUGCCCGAUGUAGCGUACCUCAUCCUGCUGAUCGCAGGAGUAAGUCUGGUGCUUUUAAAGCAAAUCAAAUUGAAGUAACGCUCAUUUUGAAUUUGGGUUAGACUGCAAGAUAAAGUAUUUCUCUUGCAUUAAGCGUACCAGCGAAAGGAAGUGAUAAAGAUGAGUAUUCUGAUUUCAGGUGAAGCUUCCUUUGAGAUAUAUUUUUCACGUACUCCAAGGCCCUUUGUGUUGAACCUGAGAGUAACCCAUGUAAAGUAAAAAUGCAAGUGUAGCCUAACUUACUAAAUUUUAGACUAAAAACAUGUUUACAGUUUUUUUUUCCGAGGAGUUAUAUGGCUACGUAGCCUUACACAAGCAGCCUUCUCCAAGGACCGCUGCUUAAACAGCAUAAGGUUUGGCUAUUCCACGUCUCGUGUUCAGCAGCUCUGUCCUGAGAGCAGGAGCGCUUAAGAGAGGCGAGGCUUGUGGUUAAUCCAGGCACAGAUGGCUGAGGUUGUCCGCAGCUGUAGUUUGGUUGUUGGGGAGGUUGAUACAGAACACUUGUAACAGAGUUAGUGCAGUCUUGAAGCUCCUGUGCUCGAGGAAUGCGCUGGUUAUUGUGGAGUGCGGGAAUAUCUUCGGAUUUACUUUAAAUGCAAAAGGAUAAGCACUUAUACAUGUUUAAUUAUCACCCCUGACCUUCUUCAGGAGGAACUGGAAAGAAGCUUUCUCUAAUCUUGUUUGUGUGUUGCCCAGCAUUCGGCAGAGUACGGGUACAGGAAUGCAAUCCCCAUCGGAAACGUCCUGUGGCCGAGUCUGCGUGUGCGUGGAAGCGUUCAGAGCAGAGGUUCCAAGUGGCCACGGAUCAGAUGUAGUCCUUAAACUGAGCGGUCGGUUACUUGUCAAUAGGAGGCUUCGAGAGGGAAGAGGCAGUGACCUGCACGCGUCUGCGCAGUGUGAGAGGCUCCUGCUCCGUGAAACCCCAGAGCUCCGGCAGCGCCUGGCUUUGGUGCUCAGGGAGUGCUUGAAAAAGGAUGCCAGGGGAAGGGGAAGCUUUAGCCAGGAAAGAUGUGCUCUGGGUGGUGAGUGUGUGCAGGGUAAAGCUUCUUGCUUUUUUCCUUUGGGAAUAUUCAUGAGAGUUCAUUUGCCAUUGGAGGUUCACACUGUGCACACAAGUACCAGGAAAAGUAUCAGCAGGUACCAGGAAUCUCGUAGGAGAGUCAAAACCGCCUGGUAAGGGAAAUUGAUUGCCUGUUUAGUUUGUUAUUACACUAAAUUUUGCAUCCCAAACUUUGGAAGAAAAGUGAUACAUUUAAACUAGGUGGAACUAAGUUGGUACUGUCCUUCAGGAACCACUUUUGAUAGAAAAUGGAUAAAAUGGCCAUAUUUACUCAUUAUGUCCUUAUCUCAGUUAAAAAGCGCAUUGUACCGUUGGAAUAACAGGAUGAGUCUAAAGAGGCUGGCUGAAAACCUCAUGGCUGUCCUUCUCCAAGGGGGAAAAAGCAAGAUAGAAGAGCCUCUGGGAUACCUGUCAAGGAGACCAUCGUAACCACCCUGUCCCCCUUCAGCUGCUUUCCCUCCAGUGGGCCUGAAUGAAGGCAAAUGUAAAGAUGGCAUGUCCAAGGAAUUUUAAAAGGUGUAGACCUCCUGACUGAACAGUGCUGUGUAUUUUAUUCUCUUUAAUUAGUAAACUGCUGUUCUCUCCCAGGUGAAAGUCAUGAUCACGCUAACAGAACUGAAAUUCUUAGCAGAUGCCCAGGCAUCCUACCACAUACUAAAGCCAUGGUGGGAUGUCUUCUGGUAUUACCUCACCAUGAUAAUGCUGCUAGUUGCUGUGCUCGCUGGGGCUCUCCAGCUCACUCAAACCAGAGUACUGUGUUGUCUUCCUUGCAAGCUAGAAUUUGACAAUCAUUGUGCCCUGCCUUGGGAUCUAGUUAAAGCCAACCUUAACAUGUCGGCUAGCUCUACGGCCCAGAUCAUCUUCCCGCUUAAAAUCCAGAACGACCUCCAUCGGCAGCAGUAUUCCUAUAUUGAUGCAGUAUGUUAUGAGAGAGAGCUUCACUGGUUUGCCAAAUUUUUUCCAUAUCUAGUGCUUCUACAUACCUUUCUUUUUGCAGCUUGCAGUAAUUUCUGGCUUUACUACCCUAGUACGAGCUCCAGGCUCGAGCACUUUGUAGCCAUCCUUCAGAAGUGUUUCGAUUCUCCAUGGACAACGCGUGCCCUGUCAGAAACGGUUGCUGAGCAGUCGGUGAGGAAGCCGCCAACAACCAAGCCGAAAGCAGUGAUUUCAUCACCUGGGAGUUCCACGGAUGUAGGGGCCAGCAGACAGUCUCUGCCGUAUUCGCAGCCUGGCUUGGAAACAACUGGAAGAGAAAAUCCUUCAAGUGUUCUUGACAAAAAAGAAGGGGAGCAAGCUAAAGCGAUAUUUGAGAAAGUGAAGAAAUUCCGUGCACACGUUGAAGAGAAGGAUAUCGUGUAUAGAGUGUAUAUGAAACAGAUUAUAGUGAAAGUCAUUCUAUUUGUAAUAAUAAUAAUUUAUGUCCCCUACUAUUUAUCAUUUAUUGCACUUGAAAUCGAUUGCGUAGUUGAUGUUCAGGCCUUUACAGGCUACAAAAGGUACCAGUGUGUUUAUUCGCUAGCAGAAAUUUUUAAAGUUUUGGCUUCGUUUUACGUGGGUUUAGUGAUCCUCUAUGGCUUGACUUGUACUUACAGUUUGUGGUGGAUGUUGAGAAGCUCGCUUAAGCAAUAUUCUUUUGAGAAGCUGAGAGAGAAGAGCAAUUACAGCGAUAUACCUGAUGUAAAGAAUGAUUUUGCAUUUAUUCUCCACUUGGCAGAUCAGUAUGAUCCUCUUUACUCCCAACGAUUCUCGAUAUUCCUGUCUGAUUUGAGUGAAAACAAACUGAAGCAGAUAAACCUUAACAAUGAAUGGUCGGUGGAAAAACUGAAAAACAGACUAGUAAGAAACACCCAAGACAAGAUGGAACUUCACCUUUUCAUGUUAAGUGGUCUUCCAGACACCGUCUUUGAACUGACGGAAAUAGAAGUCCUAAGCCUGGAACUUAUUCCUGAAGCCAGACUCCCUCCGGCCGUGACCCAGCUGGUCGGUCUCAAAGAGCUGAAUCUUUAUCACUCGUCCCUGACUAUGGAUUAUCCAGCGGUCUGCUUUUUAGAAGAGAACCUGAAAACAUUGCGCCUGAAAUCCAGUGAGGUGGGAAGAAUUCCCUUUUGGGUCUUUCAUCUCAAAAACCUACAAGAAUUGUGCUUAACGGGAUGUUUCAUGCUAGAUCAUCACAACUCCAUAUACAACGAAAGCUUUCAAGGGCUAAAAAAUCUGAGAUCGAUUCGCUUAAAAAACAACCUUUCCCGUAUACCUCAAGUGAUUACGGAUCUUAUGCCUUCUCUGCAACACUUGUCAAUCAACAAUGAGGGAAAUAAACUGAUAGUGCUGAACAACCUGAAGAAGCUGGUAAACCUCAGAGCCUUGGAAUUGAUCUGCUGUGAUUUAGAGCGCAUCCCCCAUUCCAUUUUUACCCUAAACAAUUUGCAUGAGAUCGACUUAAAAGAGAAUAAUCUCAGAACAGUGGAAGAAAUAAUUAGUUUUCAACAUCUUAAGAACCUUUCUUGUUUAAAAUUGUGGCACAACAGUAUUUCGUAUAUCCCAGUGCAGAUUGGUGCGUUAUCAAACCUGGAACAAUUGUAUCUAAAUUAUAAUAAUAUUAAAAAUGUUCCAUUGCAGCUAUUUCUUUGUAGAAAAUUACACUAUUUGGAUCUUAGCUAUAAUAAGCUAACAUCAAUCCCUGAAGAAAUCGGUUAUCUGACCAAUCUCCAGUACUUGGCUCUGACAAAAAACCACAUUGAAAUGCUUCCCGAUGGAUUAUUUCAGUGCAAAAAGCUGCAAUUUCUUCUCCUGGGAAAUAACAGUCUGAUGGAUUUGUCCCCUCAUGUGGGUCAGCUACUGAAUCUCCUUCACUUAGAGCUCAUUGGGAACUAUCUGGAAUCGCUUCCUGCUGAACUGGAAGAAUGUCAGUUCUUAAAGCGGAACAGCCUAAUUGUAGAAGAAAGGCUGUUGACAACGCUCCCACCUCGCGUAAGAGAGCGCUUGCAGGCAAGCUCAGAGAAGAGCUAACUGAAAAAUGGAACUCUGUGUUAUUGCAUUCUAGAAGCCUUUUGCUUAACCUUUCUCUGAAGGUCUGGAGAGAGGGGAAGGGGAGAAAUUCACAAAUCGGUCUUAAAUGCACCGAUUGUAUUGGAAAAGAGAUAUUUAUUUAGAUUCAAACACAAAGUGCAGCCUUUAGUAGGAAGUCAUGUGUUUGGAAAGUCUGAAAUAAUUGUCGGGUUCUACUGGUUGAAAUAAUUCAGUGAAAUGUUUAUGGUGGUGUUGAAACGGAGGGGUUAAUUGCCUCAUUGUGACAGUGUAUAUACUUUUUUCCUAUGGGAAUUUUUUCUGUUGAUAGUGAUCAUUUUAAACAGUUUAACCUCCUGCCAUAUGAGGUCUAAGAACUGCCUGGAAUUAGUUUCUAAACACAAACUCCUUACUAACUUAGAAUAUGUGAAAUUAAGAGUUUAAACUACUUGAGCAGUUCAAUUGCAUGGGAUCUACUGGAAGUAAUUUUUCAACAUACCUUAAUUGUUAACGCUUUUGGGAAGUACUGAGCAUUAAUUGUGGAAGAUGCUGUUUGAUUCUUGCUAUUAAAACCAGUUGGACAAUUCUAUAUCCGAAUUGUUGCCUAGAAACUGGGAGAGAUCAGAAGAAUCUGGAGUGACCGUGCACGUGUCAUAGACACCGAAUCUAACCAGACUGCUCUUUGUAGGUGACGAUGACAAACAGAGCGCCAUAGAGUUGCAAAGUUGUCUUCUGUACGUUGUGAGCAUCCCGGGUGUUAGUGUAGCGUGUGUUGCUGUUUAACGUUGUUCUAGCUUCUCCUCGCGGGCUGCCUCGGCGCUCCUUCUCCACACCCAGGUGCUGCGUUUUGGUGGCUGGGGAGAGGAUGAAGGAGGUUUGGAUUAGGUAGGGACAGAAAGAGUUCAACCAAACCAAAUAAUCACUCGGCUUAUAAGCACUUGGAAGGGAAAACUGGAAGCGUUAUAAGCUUUGCCUCUUCUAGGGAUGUAAUGAUUUCUUAAAUUAUAGUGGUGGAAUGAGCUCUUAUGCCAUCCUUAAUACUUGCAAAAUUGGAUGGAAAUAAAAUGGUUCCUGACUU